UUUCUCGUACGAGGUCUCACCAGGAGCUUCUCCCCUCCGGUCCGACUCCUUGCCGUAACACAGAAACCCCAUUCCGAAAUCCCUCUAGCAUACGGCGCCCCUUCUACACCGCAACUUCUCCCCUUUGGUCCGACUCCUAAAUGUCCUCCUAGAGUGGUCGUCAGAACCACCGUUAUAACCCAAUAGAGUGAGCAACUAACCUCCCAUGUUGUGGACGGCACCCCAUUGCUCACCACCGCUGACCUGAAAAUUUAAGCCAACUCUCUCUGUUUGCCUCGCCACGUAGAGUCAAGAAGUUCAUUCUCACUGUAGUUCCACCGAGAUUGGCCAAUUAACCUCUCAUAGUGCGUAAUCAGAGCUAUAUCCCUUGUACCUGUUGGUAAUAUAGAGCUUUUGGAAGCCCAAAAACUUAUGAUCAGCUGGUACAAGUUCCACCGGCACAAGAAUGUAUGUACAAAAAUGAACAGAAGGGCGCCACCGGAGCAGAAGACCCAGCUGCCAGUUUUUGGUCAUCCAAUUGGACCAUAAAUGUUUUAGAUGUAAAGACUGUUCAGAUUAACAACCUUCCAUCAAAUGCCACAGAAAGAAAUAUUAGAGAUUUUUUCUCCUUUUCUGGUGAAAUUAUCAUACACGUUGAAUUACGAAGAGAGAGUGAAGCAACUCAGGUGGCUUAUGUAACCUUUAAAGAGUCACAAGGAGCAGAUACCGCCCUUCUUCUCUCUGGAUCCAUCAUAGCUUAUAACUCCGUCACUAUCACUCCUGUUGAAGAUUACAUUUUGCCCCCAGAAGCCUCCCGUAUCUUGGAGGAAGUGAUGAAACCAUCAGUAGGAGCGGGGAGUAGGAAUAACUUGGCAAUAACGGUGGCGGAGGAAGUGGUGAGCAGCAUGCUAGCGAAGGGAUUGGUGAUGGGGAAAGAUGCGCUACACAAGGCGAAAGCAUUGGACGACCAGAUCCUCCACCUGACGUCAAACGCCACCGCCAUCGACCAGAGGAUGGGGCUGGUGGAGAAGCUCGCCCAAGGGAUGGCCGCCGUCAGGAAGAUGGAGCGGCGGUUCCAAGUCACCGAAACAACUAAAUCCGCCCUCCUCGCCGCCGGCUCCGCACUGAUGGACAGCGACAUCGAGUACGUAGCCGCCGGUGCUUCCUGGGUCUCUGCUGCCAUCGCCACCAUGGUAAGGGCCGUGGCGGACGUCAAGGUGAUGACUAAGGAGAAGCUGGAGAGGGCGGAAGAGGAGAAGCGAGCCUUGCUUCUACAGGAGAGGACAGGGAGCAUUGUUAAUAAGCUGGCACACAUGCACUUUGACCAUCCUCCCCAUUUUCAUUCUCCAUCUGACCCCAGAAAGCUUACUUACUACUAAUACCCCAAAACCACACUGGAUCCAUCAUCUAUCUACCUUACCCCUCAUUCAUUUAUGUUAUUGUUAUGCAUCUCAACUUUCUUCAAAUACAUCAUAUCCAAAAAGAAUUCAUUUAUGUUGUCCCCCCUCCAGUUUGGGUUUCAAAUGCAAUUUGACAUAUGC